AUGGCUAGCAAGUGGCGGAUUUGCACAGAAACCUGGGAUUUUCCUCCCAGGGCGGGUGUGUCAACACCGCUGCUCCUGAAGUAUGAGACCCCGGAGCUCUUGGAAUGGAAGCGGCCCGGUGGCCCCUGGGCGCCCACCCGCGAUGUCCUGCUGGUCUCUGCCAUCAUCACCGUCAGCCUUAGCGUCACUGUCGUCCUCUGCGGCCUCUGCCACUGGUGUCAGCGCAAACUGGGCAAACGCUACAAGAACUCCUUGGAGACCGUGGGCACGCCAGACUCAGGGCGUGGGCGCAGUGAGAAGAAGGCCAUCAACGAUCUAGACAGAGACUUUUGGAAUAACAAUGAGAGCACAGUGCAGCAGAAAUGGAGCUCCUACCCUCCCAAGGAGUUUAUUCUAAACAUUUCACCCUACGCCCCUUAUGGCGACCCACGACUGUCCCUCAAUGGCACCCUCCUGUCGGGCGCCAAAGUGGCCGCCGCUGCGGCGGGGCUGGCGGUGGAGCGGGAAGGCCCGCUGGGGGAGAAGCCGGCACCGGUGCCGCCACCCGGAGAGGACGCCUUGAGAAGCGGCGGGGCUGCCCCCAGCGAGCCGGGCAGCGGCGGCAAGGCGGGGAGAGGCCGCUGGCGGACGGUGCAGAGCCACCUGGCCGCAGGGAAGCUCAACUUGUCCAAGUUGCCUGCAGGAGGGAAGGCAGUGAAUACAGCCCCUGUGCCCGGCCAGACACCCCACGAUGAGUCUGACCGCCGGACCGAGCCACGCUCCUCCGUCUCGGACCUCGUCAACUCCCUCACCAGUGAGAUGCUCAUGCUGUCCCCAGGCUCCGAGGAAGACGAGGCCCACGAGGGCUGCAGCCGGGAGAACCUGGGCCGGAUCCAGUUCAGCGUCGGCUACAACUUCCAGGAGUCCACGCUCACGGUGAAGAUCAUGAAGGCCCAGGAGCUGCCGGCCAAGGACUUCAGCGGCACCAGCGACCCCUUUGUCAAGAUCUACCUGCUGCCGGACAAGAAGCACAAGCUGGAGACCAAGGUGAAGCGGAAGAACCUGAACCCCCACUGGAACGAGACCUUCCUCUUCGAAGGUUUUCCCUACGAGAAGGUGGUGCAGAGGGUCCUCUACCUCCAGGUCCUGGACUACGACCGCUUUAGCCGCAAUGACCCCAUUGGGGAGGUGUCCAUCCCUCUCAACAAGGUGGACCUGACCCAGAUGCAGACCUUCUGGAAGGAUCUGAAGCCAUGCAGCGAUGGGAGUGGGAGCCGAGGGGAGCUGCUCUUGUCUCUCUGCUACAACCCCUCUGCCAACUCCAUCAUCGUGAACAUCAUCAAAGCCCGGAAUCUCAAAGCCAUGGACAUCGGGGGCACAUCAGACCCCUACGUGAAGGUGUGGCUCAUGUACAAGGACAAGCGGGUAGAGAAGAAGAAGACGGUGACAAUGAAGAGGAACCUGAACCCCAUCUUCAAUGAGUCUUUUGCCUUUGAUAUCCCCACGGAGAAGCUGAGGGAGACCACCAUCAUCAUCACGGUCAUGGACAAGGACAAGCUUAGCCGCAAUGACGUUAUUGGCAAGAUCUACCUGUCCUGGAAGAGCGGGCCCGGGGAGGUGAAGCACUGGAAGGACAUGAUCGCCCGUCCCCGGCAGCCGGUGGCCCAGUGGCACCAGCUGAAGGCCUAAGUGGGACCAAAGGAGGCCCAGGGGGCCGAGGGCCCGGGUCCCCAUCAUGCCCUCACCACUUUAUGCACAAUGCCCGGCCCGGCCCCCCGCCGUAGGUGAGGGGAGGACCCUGAGGGCUUGGCCAUGGAGGGGUCCCAGGAGUCAGGUGGGCCCCGUUUCUAGGAAGUACCAGCCUCAUCCUCCACCGGUCCAGCUCUGGGGGAGGGGCUCUGGGAGCCAUUUUCCUGCUUCACCCCUUUCCUUCCUGACUUGCUGAUACUAAAGAAGUGAGGGAGAGUGUGACGGCCAGACAGGCAAACGGGCAGAUCCCUCCAGAGGCCCGCCAGGUGGGCACGGUCCCCCGUUUUCUUUAAGGCAGUGCCUGGAGUGGAGAGAAGCUGCCUCCUCCCCAGCCCCCGAUGCGGGCCCAGGAGAGGGGAGGCCUAGGCGUUUGGCCCCGGCCUGGCCAGGAGAGGCCCAUUCCCUGGGCAGUUUCAGGUGCCGACUGGGCCCUGAAUGCCGAGGAUAGUGUAUAGCCUGCUCUGGGGUCCUGGAGCUGCAGCCUGUGUCCUGGCGUCAUGUCUACUGUGUGUGUGUGUAUGUGUGUGUGUCUGUGUGUACGGGAGUGGGGACACUCUUACCCUGUCCCCCUGGGGCCGGCAGUGCAGAGAGACAGGGUUUCAUAAAGUGAGGCAUGGAAGGAGGCCGAGAGAGGUCUACACACAGAGCUGGGGGUGGGCCGGGAAAGGCA